UCCUUCCGGGAAGCUACUGCAGAGCACACCUCGUUCAACCUUUGCACUACAUGUCUCCAUUCCACAGAGAACGCGAAAAGAGAAGAAAAAAAAAAAGGGCCGUGGGAGUGCACAGACCAGGGGGGAACUUACUGGAGAAACCACGGGCAGGUGACCAGGCCUCAUUUGACUGAAGCCAGAGGCCGCUGGCUCAUAUUCCCAAAGCUGUCGCCACGUUUCAGUCGUCACUGAACCAAGGAGCGGCCUGUCACUCAAGCUCGCCACCUAGUGGAACUUUGAAGGUUCGGCUCUUCUUCCAGACGACUACCUCCCUCAUCUGGGGAAAUGCCUGCCCUGCAACACUUCCCUCUGAUCCCAUCUGUUUUCCCUCUGCUGAAGACAAUACGGCACUGAGCGGCUCUGCACAUUUCCAAACAUCAGCUGGACAAGAAAUUAAAAGCUACUUCACCAGGACCAGUGACUAGCAAGCUCGCCAGCACGCGGGUCCUUUGACUGACAAAUGGCUUCAUGCUAGAGCUCAUGCUGCACGAAAAGCAAAGAGCAGCCAACGAGACGGAACGUGGGCCACGCGGGAGGAGUCAAUCCCCAAAACAGACUGCACAAACAAGAGCACAGCCAGAGGGAACCACCAUCCAAAUAGAAUGUCCUCCACAGCUGCACCAGCAGCUGCACCAACAGCAACACAAAAUGCCACGUUGUCAUCGAAAACAAAUACAUCUCACAACUGGGAGUUCCUGGUGGCUGUCCUGGUCACGGCCAUCUCCAUCUCCAUUGUUAUCGCCCUCAUAGCUAAAUGCCAGGUGAUCCGGCGCUAUCUGGACAGCUACAGGCACACGCGGCUGAGGGAGACGGACGCCAUCAGCCAGUGUGACCCAUCAGGGCUGGAGGUGGAAUUCGACAUGCACGGGGCACGUGGGAUCAACCCUCGCCGCGUCCCUCCUGUGAGCGAGGAGGACGAUGACGGCUUCAUCGAGGACAACUACAUUCCGGCUAGUGAGAGAGCGAGAGCUGAGAGAGCAGCGGAGAACAUGGAGGACACAGAGGAAGAGAUGGAUGAAAUUGAAUUUUCCAUUGCUUAGCUUGACUGUCUGUACCCCUAAUCGGGUGUAUAAAUAACUAGUCCACUGCCAAAUUUCCUUCAUUUGAGAGUAAGAUUUAUAUUGGCUGUCAAAAGGGUUAGGAAAGCAUAACAAUGUGAAUACCAGUGCACAAGGGUGUUGUCAUUUCAAGACUCAAUUCAAGGAACAUUAUUAAGCAAGCAGUUAUCUCAAUAUUAAGAUAUGUCAUUUUUGUAAAUAUGGACCGAAACUAGUUUUGAACCUUUUGAUCAGUGUUUGGCUCAAUUGGUUGAACGGUUUUUACUUGAUUUGAGGUUAUGAAAAGAAACUUGUUCAAUUAAGAUAAGUAAUCGCAGCUGUGCUGAAUAUGAACAGGGACAUUUCAUCAUGCGUCGCCAUCUUGUGGCACAAUCAAAAGUACAGAUGACCGUACGACGUCAUCAAAGAUCAAUUUGACAUUUGGUUGGAAGCCUAUUCAACUGUCUUUAUAUUGUAUAGUGCUAUGAAGAGCAAAUAAGCAACACACGGAUACUGUGAUGCUGUAAAAAAUGAGUGAGCUUUCGUAGCCUAACACAAAAGCUCAAUUAAUGUUAUAUAUUUUCAUUUGUGUUAUUACAGCAUUUGUGUUGGGAUUUUUCUAUUUGCUAGAAAGCACAACGUGCCUUUUACGAUACUACUGCUACAUAAUUAAAUGCACCACUUUUAAUGUGUUAUCUUCACUCGGCUGCUAUUUUCAGAAUGAUAAUGAAUGGAGGUGUUUAAAUUGAGUUCAGUACAAUCUAGAAACAGCUGUUGGUGGAUUGUCCGCAGGGUUCAAGCACCGUUUUCAAACCCCCCCAAAAAUGUCUUUGGCUUAGUUGUUUUUCCAACUGGAAACAGCACACUCACCUUUGGUUUUAAACCUGACCACACUGGUAUGUCAACAACCGGGAUUACUGCUGACACUGUGUCUCCCAAAGAGACCCUCCAGCUGAUAAGAGCGGUCUGACAGGUCCGCGUGAGGCUGCCAGGCGAGGCGUCUAACCCGGAAACACGGCACGUCAAGCUCACGCAUACGAGACAGAGCGAAACCGGAGCCACACUGACACUGCUUUCAAAAUAAAGGAGCCUUAUUCGUUUUGGGUUCGUACAGUUUAUUUGG